AUGUCGACAGCCCCCACCUCCACCGCAACCAUGGGCUUCACCUCCACCCUGCUUCCAAAACUCCUAACCCUGAUCUCCCAAAACUCCAACCGCAGAAAACUCCUCCUCGCCAUCAUCCUCUACACCGUCUACAAAUACCGUCGUUCCGUUCUCUUUGUUCGCCCCCGUCCCGACCUCCCCGGCCCCCCUGGUCUCCCAUUGAUCGGCAACUUUUGGGAGAUGGCGACGACCCCCACGGCGGUUUUCCAUCAAUCGCAGGAGCGUAACUUUGCAAAGUACGGAAGGGUGUACACGAUGGCGAUUCCUGGGGUGGGGAGGACGAUUACGGUCAAGGAUCCGGAGAUUAUGGAUCAUAUACUGAAGACUCACUUCUGGAACUAUGAGAAGGGUACCAGGUCGAAGCAGACCAUUGGUCCUCUUGCCGGCAAUGGCAUUUUCACGGCGGAUGGAGAAUGGCAGAGACAGUAUGCGAGCAAGAUCUUCACCGUCAAGGCAUUCCGUCAAUAUACCAACGACGUUUUUGUUCAGGAAGCCCAGCGUGCCAUCGACUACAUUGAAACCUUUGCCGACACCGGGAAGGUCGUUGAUCUUCAGCGGCUCUUUUAUUGCUUCACUCUCGAUUCGUUUGGAGAGAUUGCAUUUGGAGAGGUAUUCAAUUGCCUCGGCGACCCGACAAAGGAUGUAAAGUUCGCGGCAGCAUUCGACAGACUCAACCACAACUUAUCUGGGCGCUUCUUCUCACCCACCUACAAACUGGUCGAAUGGUGGACUGGAACUGACAAGCUGAUCACUGAAGACCGCACCAUCAUCCGUGACUUUGCACAAAAGAUUAUUGACCGUCGUCGUCGGGAGCGUCAGGAACAGGUUAAGGUGGAUGAGGGCAAGAAGGAUCUGUUGCAGUUGUUUAUGGAUAUCGGGUCCGAGGAAGGUGGUACCCCUUUGUCGGAUGAUAUGCUGGUGGAUAGCGUGUUGAACUUUAUCAUCGCAGGAAGAGACACGACCGCUCAGGCAUUGGCAUGGACAUUCUACCUCAUGCACCGUCGAGGAGCUGACCCCGCCAUCGUCCAGCGGAUGCAAGAAGAAACCGACUCUGUCCUCCAGGGCGGUCUGCCCACCUACGAGACCACCAAGCAACAAAAGUUCGCCGAGGCCUGCUUCAACGAAUCCAUUCGCCUGUUCCCCGCUGUUCCCAGGAGCACCAGGAUCUGCACCCAGGAUGAUGAGCUUCCCGGGGGCAUCAAGGUGCACAAAGGCGAGCGUGUGAACUGGAACACCUAUGCGAUGGGAAGGGAUGAGAAGAUCUGGGGUCCUGAUGCAAAAGUGUAUAAUCCCUUCCGAUGGAUGGAGAUGAAGGAGAAGCCGACAUCUUCAAAGUUCCUUUCCUUCCACCACGGGCCACGUACCUGCCUGGGCCAGGGAUUCGCAGUGACAGAGGCGGUGACACUGAUGUCAAUGUUCUUCCAAAAGUACACCUUCGAACUCGAGAACCCGGACCAGAAGGCGAACUACAUUCCCUCCCUCACCCUCCCCUUGGCCGGCGGUCUCCGUGCCCGCGUCAACCGUCGCACCGAUUAA